CGAGCUGCAACUAUCACUCAAAAUGUGCAGCUCAAGUAAAUGGGUCGUAAUGCAAAGCGGUCUGCUGUUUUUUUUAUUUUGCGGAUUUGUAAUGAUUGACGGACAGGACACUCAGUCCCCAGAGAAAAAUACCUACGCUAACACAAAACUAUCUGAAAGAAAUAUUUACUACAGCAACACUGAGCCUUUUCUACACAGAGCAUUUAAAGAUAAGAAUUUCCUCAAGCAGAUAGAAAAUGUCUCCUCAACCACAACUUUUCCAAAUAUUUAUUUUGAGGCUGAUUACUCUUCGAAGAACCGCCUGAACAGAUCGAGUUUUGGUGUACGCAGACAAACGGACCACUUGGGCAGAAGAACUCGAAAUCAUCGUCGAAAGAAACACUAAAAUUAUGCCACUUUAAUACAAAAAUUAAGUUAAGAUAAAUAAAAAAUA